AUGUCGCAGCAUUCUAUUUGCGGUAGCCGGGGCUACAAAAACUUCAGCUCAGUUUCAGCUUGUUUGCCAAAGAAUGUGAGCAGGUACAGUGUUAGCUCCAUCUCUUCAAAAAGAGGGGAUGGAAAUGGCCACAGAAUGCAGCCAUGCUUUAGCAGCAGAAGUGCUUAUAAUGUUGGCUCAGGCAUCCAUAAGAUUUCAGGGGCCAGUCACCAUCAAGGAAGAGGACAUGGAUGUGGUUUCAACUAUGGUUUUGGGCAUGGAAUGGGAUCUGGCUUUGGAGGAGCUGGUCGUGGUUCUAUGAAUGGAGGUAUCACAGCUGUUACUGUCAAUCAGAGUCUUCUGGCACCACUCAACCUGGAAAUUGACCCAAACAUUCAAAGAGUAAGAAAGGAGGAGAAAGAGCAGAUCAAGACUUUGAACAACAAAUUUGCCUCUUUCAUUGACAAGGUGCGAUUUUUGGAGCAACAGAAUAAGAUGCUUGAGACCAAAUGGGGUUUUCUACAAGAACAAAAAACGGCCAAAAGUCACAACGAGCCACUAUUCGAAGCUUUUAUCGGCAAUCUUAGGAGGCAGCUUGAUUAUUUGCUGGGCGAGAAAUCACGUCUGGAGGGAGAAAGAAAGAAUAUGGAGGAUGUAGUAGAGGAUUUUAAGCGAAAGUAUGAGGAGGAAGUCAACAGGCGCAGCACUGCAGAAAAUGAAUUUGUGGUAUUAAAGAAGGAUGUGGAUGCUGCAUUUUUGAACAAAACUGAACUGCAGACCAGGGUGGAGUCCCUAACUGAUGAGGUUAACUUCUUCAGGACUGUGUUUGAAGCGGAAAUUGCCCAACUCCAAGCUCAGAUCUCUGAUACUUCAGUCAUUGUCUCCAUGGAUAACAACCGGAACCUGGAUUUGGACAGUAUCAUUGCCGAAGUGAAAGCUCAGUAUGAGGACAUUGCCAACAGAAGCCGAGCUGAAGCUGAAUCUUGGUAUCAAUCCAAAUAUGAAGAGAUGAGACUCUCUGCCGGCCAAAAUGGAGAUGAUCUGCGCAACACCAAGAAUGAAAUUGCUAAUCUCAACAGAGUUAUUAAUAGGCUAAGGGGAGAGAUUGAAACUGCAAAUGCACAGCGUGCUAAACUGGAAGCUGCCAUAACAGAAGCAGAGGAACGUGGAGAAAUGGCUACAAAGGAUGCAAAGAAAAAAUUAUCUGACCUCGAGGAAGCUCUUCAGAAGGCCAAGCAGGACAUGGCUCGCCAGCUUCGUGAAUACCAGGAACUGAUGAAUGUGAAACUGGCCCUGGAUAUUGAGAUCGCCACCUACAGGAAACUCCUUGAAGGAGAGGAGGGCAGGCUUUCAGGGGAAGGUGCAGGAUCCGUAAAGAUCUCUGUGGUGAGCUCCACUGUUGGAGGGUCUCAUAGCGGCGGAAACAGCUUCCACCAUGACAGCGGCAUGUCUUCCGGCAGUGGGCAUGGAUGUGGCGGCAUGUUUGGCGGUGGAAGUGGCUUCAGUUCUAUGGGAGGAGCUUUCAUUUCCAGAGGAAAGCAUAGCUCUGUUUCAUCCUCAGGCUCCAAAAAGAUGUAAAUGUUUAAUACUUGCAGGUGUUAUUACUGUUCUAGGAUAAAUUGCUGAUAUAUUGACUGCAACAGUGACUAACAUCUUAUAUUCCUAUUCCUAUUAGCCCACAGACAAAAAGAUAUAAGGAUAGGUUCUAAUCUCAGUC